AUGGCCUCGGCCACCCCCGCCCCGCUAUCGUUCGCCCGGCCCCAGCGCGAGCGCGUCGCGCCGAACCCCGAGGACCGCGGUUCCCUGCUGCGCGCGUCCAUCUUGGAGAGUGCGCUCGAACUCGGCGUCGGCCACAACCGCACCGUCGCGAACUGGAUCUUCAACCCGGUCGAGGAGGGCGACGAGGAUGACGAGACCGAGGUGGACUCGCCGAGCCUCACCUACGCGUCGACCGCGACUUCGGAAGAGUCGAGUUUUUCCGCUGGCUUCUCCCAGCCAGGAGCUGGGAUCCUUAUAAAUGGCAAAGACAACCUCGCCGUCGAUUCGCCCGACGGGCCCAGGAGACGUGCGGCCUCUCCGGGAGUGCAGUUCGAUCUCAGCGCGACGCCGUCCCCGACGCUCAUGGCCCCCGCACGCUCUCCGACGCCUUCGCAUAUGCCCGCAAAUGCGACAAACAAGCUGCGAAAGCCGCGCCCGGAUGGAUACGAGAGCGAUGGUGGGUACGUGAGCGAGUCGGGAAAGGCGAAGAAGGAGCGGGAGAAACGAGAGAAGAAGGAGCAGAAGGAGAGGGAGAAGGCGGAGAAGAAGAGCAAGAAGAAGAGCAAGGGGGACGGCGGCGCGACGGACUACGAGAGCGACAGAGGGUACGUCUCUGAGGCCACUGCGAAGCGGAAGAAGAGCAAGAAGGAGAAGGGGUCGAAGCUCGCCGAGCCGCCCACCACGGACUACGAGACGGACAAGGGAAGCUCUUCUCGCAGCAAGUCCAAGUCCAAGUCGCGGAAACAGAAGACCACCAAUCCGACGGAUGGCGACGACUCUGACGGGGGCUAUCUGUCGGAGGGGACUAAGAAGAAACGGUUCUUCUCCCUCAAAAGCAAGUCGCGGUCCAAGCAGGGAUCCCUCGACCCACAAGAGCCCCCUCCUGUCCCUUCCCUCCCCACGAUUCACCCCAUCGCCGACAGGUUCAGGACGACCGACCUUGAAUCUUUCGACUCGCGAAGUUCUACCCCGUUACCUUCCGGAGAAAGCAGCGGCCGCCCCAGCGCUGACACCUUCACCUCCACGUCCUUCGAUUUCAUUGACAGUAACAGUGUCGAAGAUGACGAAGAGCUGUAUUCGCCAGAAGGUCUCACACAAGCAUUCCAGGACGCGGAGUCGGUGCGUUCUCCCAGUGUUGACUUUCUCUCAACAUUCGGUCGCCGCCGUGGUGCUGCCAGUCCCCUCUCGCCUCCUCACUUAGGCGUUUCCCCAUCCCCAUCCCCAUCCCCGUCCCCCUCCCCGUCGAAAGCAAAGGCCGUCCGCGCACGUCCCAUAAUCUCGGCGCCCAACACGACCACCCUCGCUCCUAAGCACGUCCCCAUGCCCCUCACCCUCACUCCCCCGACACCUACGGGCACCGCCCACCGUAUUCCGCCAUCCCCAGAUCCGGACUACGUCGUCGUCACCCCCACCCCCAACCUACAGCCUGACGUUUAUUCGCAUUCGUCGACACCCAGCUUCGGGUCCAUCACCGACUCCGUCAUCGACCCCGAGAUGACCCGCCCCAAGGUCCUCGCAUACUACGAUCUCCCACCCCCGUCCCCGCCUCCCACAGGCCCAUUACCAGAUGUCCCGCGCGACGUCGGCUCUCGCGCAACCAGCCCGUCUCCGAGCAUGGCCUCCGACGCCGCACGGAAUCGCUACCCCGCUCCCCGGACGGCUCCCGCAGACCCCACAGACCCGCGCGGACUGCACCGCCCGCUCGCCUCCCCCGUCGGUCGUCCCGCGCCCGCGUCCGCCGCGUCGCACCCGCUGUCGCACGAGAUCCACGGCGAGCGGCCGACGAUCCACAUUCAAGAGCCGCCGCCGUCCGCCGCCGUCCAGCGUGGCCGCGUGUCCCCCUUCCCCACCGCCCCCGUCCUCCCGCGGACGCAGGCGAGCGAGCUCAUGCGGCACACGACGCGCCACGCCCGCGGGACGCGCAACGGCAGCAUCGACCGCUCGCUGGAGCGCGGGCCCGCGUCCGCGAGCCCGUAUCCUCUAGGGCACGAUCGGUGGCCGUCUGAGGGGCAGCGGAUGGUCGUGCAGAAGGGUCCGUCGUCGGCGCUCGCCGGGUCGGGCACCGGGUGGCCGUCGCGCGACAGGGGGCAGCUGAACGUGCGGUGGGCGCCGCGCUCUGCGUCCGCGAUGGACACGCGCCGGCCGGGGGACGACGACGACGACGACCCGGCGGUGGACCGGCGGUCUUGGAUCUCGUACGACGACGAUCACGAGGCGCGCUCAGACUACCACUCCGACGACGAGCAGAUCGACGUCGCCUCCGCGAAGGCUUCGCCCGACGUCAACGCCAGCCUCCGCGCCCGGCAACAGUCCGGCAAUGUGCUGCAGGCGGGCGCGCGAGAGACGAUGGCCUCCGACUACGGCCAGGACACGGCUUACCUCGGCGUCGAUGAUGACGGGGCCGACCGCGCAAGCGUAUGGAGCCAAGCGGAGUCCCGCGCGAGCUUCAUCGACGGAGAACAGAGCGCGGCGAUCCGCGCAAAGUUCGUCCAGCGGGUGGAGGCGAUGUACGGAAAGUAG